AUGCAAAAAUCAUCGUUCGAUGAAGUUUUGAUGGACACAUUUGGUAGGAAACAUAAUUAUCUUCGAGUGUCGCUGACCGAACGUUGUAAUCUUAGAUGUGAAUAUUGUAUGCCACUUAAAGGAGCAAAGCUGUCAGAACAGUCAAAAUUGCUUUCGAAUAACGAAAUAGUCCGUUUAGUAUCAUUAUUCGCUAAACAAGGGGUUGAUAAAAUUCGAAUUACAGGUGGAGAACCUACAGUGAAAAAGGAUAUWAUUCAAAUAGUUGAAUCGCUGAGAAAUAUUAAAAAUCUCAAAACGAUUGCGAUGACCACGAAUGGUUUGACUCUAACGAAACAAUUGGUGGACCUCCAACGAGCUGGAUUGAACGCACUAAAUAUUAGUUUAGACACGUUACAACAAAAUACAUAUGGAAAUAUAACUAGAAGAGACGGCCGAUUGUUGAAAAGAGUGUUGGCAGGCAUCGAUUUAGCAUUGCAACUGGGAUUCAAUCCAGUUAAGAUGUAUCGAGUACCAGGAUUUGCAGGCAGCGUUGGUUUCAUAUCGUCAAUGACCGAUGAUUAUUGCGAUAGUUGUAACCGACUCAGAUUAAUGGCCGACGGAAAUCUAAAAGCUUGCUUGUUUCAAAACAACGAAAUCAGUUUGAGGGAUCCGCUUCGGGAAGGAGCUUCAGAUGAAGAACUAUUGGACAUCAUAUCGAAUGCAGUGAAAGAUAAAAAGAGGAAACAUGCUGUCGCUGAUCGGACAAAAUCGGUGGUCGCCGUGAUCAGAAACGGCCGUCUCGUCAAAAACGUUUGUAUGGUCUCCAACGACGACUUUAUCGUCAGAAACGUUUAUAGGGCAUCCGUCRKMGGCCGUCACGCUAGAAACAUUUAUACGGGUAGCGACGGCGGCGGCGGUGACGACGAGCCACGCCUGACGCACGUGGACGGUAGGUCGGGGGACGCGCGCAUGGUGGACGUUUCGGGAAAACGUGAAACUCGGCGGACGGCUACGGCGGUGGCUCAGGUGCUGUUGGACGCGACGGCCACCCGGCUAAUUGCCGAGGACGCGUGCAAAAAGGGCGACGUGCUGUCCGUGGCCAGGCUGGCGGGCAUAUGUGCGGCCAAGGUCACGUGGCAGCUGAUACCGCUGUGCCACCAGAUCCGGCUGGACUCCGUGACAGUGGACGCCAGGCUGGACGAGCUCCACGGCCGCGUUCACAUAACGGCCACGGUGGUCAGCACCGACCGGACGGGUGUCGAGAUGGAGUGCUUGACGGCGUGCUCAGUGGCCGCACUCACGGUUUACGACAUGUGCAAAGCGGUCAGCCGAGAAACGGUCAUCGAACACGUCAAGCUCUUGUCCAAGACGGGCGGAAAAACCGAUUAUCGAGCAAAGGAUAACGACGAUGAUUAGCGCUAAAAAUCCAAUAGGGGCAAAGGACUCGUUUAUUUAAGCGAGUAGGGAGGUCAUCGACUACCCGAUUGUUUUUAAAAAUUUUUUCCAUAGGCUCAAUUUCAACUUUAGACUUUGGAGGGGGGCAGAAUAUAUUAAAAGGCAAGCAGACAUUUAAAAUACAGCAUUUUAAAAUUGUAUGUUCUAGAUUUGUGAGAGAAGGGCUGAGCACCCCUCAAUUUGUGCCUAUGUAUUUUCCGUCAAUAACUUAAAUACUUGUUUUUGUAAAUAAUAUUUUAAAUUUUAUCCCAGUAAUCAGAUGAUGAUUGAUGCUGAUCGAUUUGUUUUAAACGUGUAAUAUUUAGCAACAUAAAUAUUGCAUAAUUUGUUAGGUAAAGRAACCCAUUAUGGUUCGUAGUUUAUAAUUCGCAUAUUUUUAAGUAAAAUAUUAAAAUAAUAUAUGUUAAGAUAGAUUUUAAAAUAGCAAUYUGUACUUCAACRUACAACGUACAAYCGAUAACCAUAUAAAAGUACCUACGUUUAAAUCACACGAACCAGYGAAACAUAACUAAAACAAUUAAUUCAAUUUUGACAGAUAUCUAUUUAAAGUAAUUCACUCGUUGAAAAAUAAAUUUUUUUUUCUUAAAUAGUACCCAUUUGUACAGUUGUAUAGAUUGAAUCAUAAAAAAUCAUUAAAAAUUAUCARAUGUUUAGACUUAAAUGUUUUAACUACCUAUUUCAAGUAUAUACCACAAGUACUUUAGAAAU